UUUUCUGUCGCAUCGUCUCAUGUUCACAACGAUGUCUUUAAGGCGAUCUUUAUCUAGAUCCUCGCAUCCUCGGAUGAGAAUUAUGGUCGGAGGAAAAUACUUCAAGAUUCGGAAGGACUUGGUCGUCUUCUUCCAGAGAAAACUCGCCGACGAAGACAUCAGGGACUACUUCAAGAAAAUCAAGGCGAAAGAUUUUCGUCGCUAUCUUCGAGCGGUCGAAAAAGAUGUUUAUCCAACCAAACCUCGCAGAAUGAUGCGUUUAGCGAUGGUCGCAAAAGGUCUAAAAUCUUCCGACGUAUAUGACACACUUGUCCAGCGAGUUUUACAGUCUCUGAAGAUAGAAAACUGCUUGGACUUGGCAAGGCUAGCCCAUUUUCUAGACGUACCAGAAAUCGAGCACGCGGCGGUAGAUUUCGCUCUCACGCACAGGGAAGAGGUUUUGAAUGGAGCCCCUGCUGUUAAAAAGGGGACACCCCGUAGGAUAACUCAUUGCUGGAGGUGUAGGUGGAAGUACAACCAGUGGAAGUCUUCGGAAAGCUCCACGCCUUGUGAACUGGAGUUUAUCUUGGAGAGCGGAAUCGGACUACUGGAGGACCUAUGGGGUGGUCAGUACAGUACCAGUGGAUUCCGCUUGGGGAAGGCAGCGGUGAUGGGAGCAGGAGACUGCCCGGGGUGGUCGUCAGUAGUGCCGAGCGGUGCCCAGGCAAAGGCCCGUCGGGACGUACGUCGAGAAGUCUUCUUAAACACUGUACUACGCGCAAGGACCUUCCCGAUGACGAUUGUGCCAAAACGUAUGGUCUUUUCACAUGGGAUUCCAUAUCUUCCCCAUGGAGCGCUUUGAGUGGAAUAUCAGUAUAUAUCACAAACUUCGUUUUUAUGCAUAAAACAUUUUUAUUAGGGGUGGGUAUACCGGUGCACAUAGUCAUGUACAGGUAUGGUUCAGGUCCAGAGGAUCAGGUUGCAGUCCUGUCCUGGACCUUAUUGUUUGUGAAAGCUUAUGAAUACUAAAUGGUUAUACUCAAAACAAUGGUCAAUUUCGCUACUGAAAGGAAUCUGUUUGUUGGAGUAUCCUAUCUUCAUGUAAACAACGCUAAUUGCCUCUGUUAACUUAGACCAAGUUUGUCUGUAGAAACCUAGCUGACCCUAUUUCGCUCUUGUUAUUUUCUUGGACCGGUAAACCUAUCAAAACGUGAUUGUCUGCCGCCGUGGUGACGGUAUAAUCCGUUCAUUUUCUAAUCGGUACAAAAUGCGAUUUGCUGAUUUCUUCAGGUCCGGUUUUUCCUGACCGGUCCAGCAAGAAAAAAAUCGGUUUUGAACCCCUGUACAUAUAUAUAUGUCAGGGUAGAAUCUGCGAUUCUACCAGAUCGCAGUCUCUACCCUGACAUAUACAUGUAUUAUGUGGAUCUAAUGAUUCAAUUCGAGGAUUAUUUGCCAACGAAAUAACGAGGAUAAUCACAUCGUUUUAUAGAAGUAGCGCUAGCGACGAUGGUCUUACGGUCUUAUAACACAGCAAAUCCAUUUUGUAAUUGUUUAAACAUGUAUAUAUUGUAAAUGAUUUCUUUGACGACAGAAUGCACUGUACGAGUUGGUUGAACACAUUGCCCAUUUUGACCAAGUCAGCUUCUAUGUAGCUAUAAAUUUUCUUUACUCGCAACGGAAAUGUUCAUAACAGCGCAUUUUGUAUCAUAAUACGUAUUCCGAAGUGUAUAAGUUGAAAAAUGAUGUUCACACGUCCUCCGUAUUUUUAACGGUUGCUUGUAUCACAGAAAAUGUGUUGAUCUCUUCUUAUGUACUGACUACGUAUAUACUUCACGCUACGUUCAAUUCAAAUGGAAAACAAUUAGCUUUUCAUACAUCUUCCAUUUUCUUAUGUUGCUUGCAUGAUGAGGAAAUAUGGUGACCUCUUCGUAUAUACUUCAUAUAUACUUUGCGCUAUGUUAA